AUGCAUUUUUCCUCAGGCUCGCUUCCCUCUGUGGUCGCUCUUACGGUUUUCCUGGCGCGAGCAUCGGUUUAUGCUCACCCACAUUCUUUCGCUAUUUGGGCCGCCGAUUCUGCCAUAGCGCGAGGACAAGGAAAUGGACUUGAUUCUAAUGGAGAACCUACUGAUUCAUACGAACACGGAGAGCUGCAGUGGGGACUGCGUCUGUUAUAUGAAACGACUGGGAACGAAUCGUAUUUCAAUUACAUUGUCCAAGGGGCUAGUCAAAUCGUCGAUAGUAAAGGUGAUAUCGAAGGUGGCUAUUCCAUUGUCGCUUACUCUCAGGAUCCUAUAAGAACGGGACCGACAUUUGCAUAUCUGUACGAACGAACAGGCCAGUCAAAAUGGAAAAUUGCUAUGGAUACCUAUCAUCAGCAGCUCAUGGGGCAACCUCGAACCGCCGAAGGCCAGUUCUGGCACAAGUUGAUAUACUACAAUCAAGGCUGGCUUGAUGGAAUUUACAUGGGUGAAGUAUUCUACACUGUAUAUACGAACACAUUCCAACCGACCAACGCCACAGCUUACGCUGACAUUGCAAAACAGUUCGAUCUGAUGUUCCAAAACACCAUACAAAAGAAAGGAGUUGCGAACUACACUGGUCUUAUGUACCAUGGAUAUGACUACUCCCACACCGCCUCGUGGGCCUCCGAGGAUCGAGGGCAUUCACCCGAAGUCUGGAUUCGGGCGUUAGGGUGGUACAUGAUGGCACUCGUUGAUAUCCUCGAAAUUUAUCCCGAAGACAAUUCCAUUUUUCUGGAUCACUUGAAUACACUCGUCCCCCGAGUACGCGAUGCGGCUGACCCGGACUCUGGUGUGUGGUGGUUGGUCAUGACCCAGCCAGGCAGGGCCGGGAAUUACUUUGAAAGCAGCGGAUCAGCCAUGUUUGUCUAUGCAAUGCUGAAGGCGGUGAGACUUGGAUAUGUGGUAGAUAAUAAUGGAAGUAUCGUGAAGGCCGCUACCAAGGCGUACCAGUAUAUGAUUGACAACUGGGUCGUUGAUAACAGGGAUGGAACGAUGGAUUGGUUGAAUACAGUCUUGGUUGGAAGCUUGGACGGAAAUGGAACAUUUGAAUAUUAUACCAGCAUCGAGGUUGAUACCAAUGAUCUCAAAGGUCUGGCUGCAUUCUUGUUAGCUAGUCUCGAGUACGAAACAUUAUAGAGGUGCCAGUCUGUAGCUACCACUCACUGCAGCAAUAAAGGAAGCUUCCACAUUCUUAC